CGCGCGGCUCUCGACCACCCUCCCACCCUCCCGUCCUCCCGCUGCCGCCGCCCGCGCCCCCCUGCCACAGCGCAGCAGCCGCACCCGGGAGCCUCGUCACGCGCGCUCAGGCCGCGGAGCAGGUCUGCUGGGUUUCCUUGUUCCGGUGCUGCAGCAGCCUCUCUGAAGAUAAGAGGAAUAAAGAAGCCACCUCCCCGGCUGUCGUCAUCCAGCGGCAGAUUGAGCAAGAAUAUUCUGAGCACUGCGGAGAAGAUACCCCAUCAAACCUCAGAUGAUGAGCAGCCCUGUGACCUGCUCAAGAAAAGGAAUAGGAUGAGUGACUGCCACCAGAAAAGCAGCGGUAUGAAUGCUGCUGCAUCUUGGAAUCAAGUACAACACUCAAAGACUUCUUCAGGAAAAAGGCAGAGUCGAUCCCAAGGAUCCCAUAUCUCCUCCCAGCUGAGAAGCAGCCUCCUUGGCAUCCCCCAGCCUGAAGAAGAUAAACUCAUGGAAACCAUCUCCAGGGAGGGAAGACAGGAGCGGAUUGCGUUCAGUUCCAGGUAUCAGGCUGCCGCUGGAAGCAAGCUCUUCCUUGACUUUCAGUCCAUGAAAAUCAUUAAGGAAGGCGCUGAUGAGGACAGUGCAAGUGACCUGUCAGACUCAGAAAGAGUGGCCAUCCCUCCUUCUCCAUUCACACCUCCAGACCUCAAUCUGCGAGCAGAAGAGAUAGACCCAGUUUCCUUCAGUCUUCACCCAGACCCAAGCCAGGCAGAACGUGAGCACUGUUAUCCUGACUUUCUUCCACCUCCUUUCAGCUCCUGGGACCUCCAGGAUAUGGCUGUCGUUCUGAACACAGAGUGCAGGAACGAGGCCCUGCCCCGGGCCACGGGAUUUCUCGGGAGAUACAUAGACAGACUUCUACAACUGGAAUGGCUGCAAGUCCAGACUGUGCAGUGUGAGAAGGCCCGCGCUGCCAAGGCCAGGCCCUCUGGUGCUUCUAGGGUGCUGAAGAGCCCUGGGCGGGGUAAGCUCCUUACCAGCACCCUGUCCAAGCCGCUACCUUCUCCAGAAGGGAUUUCAAAACCAGGUCCUUCUAGAAAGAAAGGUUUUCAUCAUGAAGAGGCCCACCCCUCCUACUAUGCAUUUGAGGCUUUGCCUAGAUCUCUGGAUGGGCCUGGUCGGCCCAGGCUGUGUGCUCAGAAGCAAACCCCCGAAUUGAGGAUGGAAAAGAAAAAGAAAUCAGUCAAAGGCCCCCAGCUUCAGCAUCGCGCUCCACCCUGCACUGAAGGCAACCCUGUAAUGGAAGCCAAUGGUAACAUCAGAAUCCCCAAGCAAUCCCUGGCGGUUCUGGACCCAAUGGACUCCUUCAGGGCGUCCAGGACACAGGCACACUUGGAUCCAAAGAAAAAAGGGAAUGCAAAUAACUGUGGUCUUGCCCCUUCAACCAGUGAGAAAAAACUCAAAACAAACGUAGCCAGGCAAAGCACACAUAAGUUAAAGUGAUGUAAAGAUUUAUAAAGACCUGCAGAUGUCUGAAAAUGGGGCUCUUCUCAAAGUGAUGGUGAGCUUGAAUCCAUCUGUGAUAAGUGACUCAAGUAGCCAGCUGGCUCUUCAGUUACCCCGCCUCAACAGUUAUUUUCAGAGGGCUCACUAAGGCUCAGUAAGCUGUUCUUUGUAUAGACAGUCUUAAGCCUUGGAGGGCCCCGUAGGUAAAAUUUAUUGAAACAGCAGUGCCAAGCAGCCAGCAUAGACCUGGCCCCAGUGUCCCUGUCUUCGUUGUAUGGGAAACAGUGUGUGCUGCUUUGUGUGAGAGAAACCCUAGGGUGGGACAGAGGAAAAGCCCGGCUGCCUCACUGCCUUUUGCUUUUGCAUAAGCCCUCACGCAGAGUGUCUGUUCCGUCUUUGUCUCAUAUGUCCUCCCCACCCCAACAAGCCUCAGUUCCACUCCUACAGAGCACAAGGGUUUCUAUUUUGAGUGUCCUUUAGCCGAGCCAGUUCCUUGCCAGAGGCAAAGGCAUCCAGAUAUCUGUCUAGCGCGUUUUAAAAGACAUGUUAAGUCCAGGGGUAGUGCCACGGCCCAUUCCUGAGUCCCCUUAGCUGAAGUUAACAUCAUUUACACAUUUUCGAGAGAGAAAGUCACAGGGCCCAACCAUGCUUGUUGCUGUGCGGCCAGAUAAGAGAGAAUGCCUUGGCACGCUAGAUCUUUGGGUCACGUUGAGUGGGAAUACUGAAAUGUAAGUUGUUAAGCUUGACUAGGGACCCAUUUCCUGUUGUUCUGGGUCAAAACUAAGGGUCUAUUUCCGUUUGUAAAAGCAGGGUUUUCUUCUUUUGAAUAUAAUUUUAUUUUAUUUUUAUAUAUAAAUUUAUUUUUUAUAAUUUAUUCAUUUUAUAUAUCAGUUGUAGCCCCCUCCCUCAACUCCUUCCAGUCCACCCUCCCUCCCUUUUAUGCCCAUCCCCCUACCCUAGUCCACAGAAAGAAGCCCUCCUUCCCUACCAUCUGGUCCUAGCCUGUGAAGUCUCAUCAGGACUGUCUGCAUCUUCUCCCUGUGUGGCCUUGCCAGGCCACACCACCAGGGGAAAAGUGAUCAAAGAGCAAGCAAUGGAGUCCAUGUCAGAGACAGCCCUACUCCCCUUACUAGGCAACCCACAUGGAGACUGAGCUGUCUAUCUGCUACAUCUGAGCAAGGGGUCUAGGUCUUCUUCAUGCAUGGUCCUUGGUUGGUGCAUCAGUCGCUGCAGGCCCCCCUGAGCCCAGAUUUGUUGGCUUUGUUUUUCUUCUUGUGGAGCGUCUCUCCCCUCUGGGUCCUUCAAUCCCCACCCCCAACUCUUCUAUAAGACUACCUUUUCUAAUCAUGCCUGAUUUCAGUGGAGGGAGCAGACAUAUUGCAGAGAGAGAGAGAGAGAGAGAGAGAGAGAGAGAGAGAGAGAGAGAGAGAGAGAGUGUGUGUGUGUGUGUGUGUAGGGAGUUACUGGAUACUAUCUUGAGUGUUCUUAACUGCCUGUGGCUUCCUGGCUCCCUCACAGGCGUCUUUCUCAGCUGCAUUUGAGUCCUAUCUGCCUGGGGAGCUUUCCACAAUGAGCUUCUGCAAACCUUUCCUUGGCUGCUGCUUUGUAGAUAGUGUAUCUAUGUUAAGGACUGCAGUUGACUUUAUCCGUUGAAACAACUAUUGGACUUGUUUGGGGCAUCCAUGACUCUAUAGUAUUUUUUUUUUCACCAAUGGGGCAAAGGACGAAGGUAGCCUGUUUCAGUUGGAAAUACAUAACAGCUUCCACACAGCCACAAGUAGCAGCAGAAGGGUGAGACGAAUUUGCUAAGGUUAAAAGUCAAAUUCUCUUUGUAAAGCCUAAUUUUACUCAGACCAAACAACAUGUGAACUGUUUUUUGGUUUUUGUCUGUCUGUUUGUUUGUUUGUUGCCAUUUCUUUAAGACUUUAUUUCCAGAUUCUUUUGCACUGCCCUCCUGGAGGAAACAUUAUUACAUGGAGGGCUCAUGUCUUUUUAUGACCAAAAUCUGUAUGUGUUGCUGGCAGCCCACAGAUGCAAUGGCCACAGUCAUCCGUGGUAUGCACCUAGUGUUGGGAGAACAGGGCCACCCCUCACCCUCUUCACCCCUGAGUGAGGCCUCGUGUCUUCACUUCCCUGCUCCUCUGAGCAUAGAUUAUUGGCACCACCCCUGGCACCUCCCUCAUUCUUUCUUUAGAUUUUUUAUGCAGAUCCUUAGGAAGUUUCAGGGCCAGUAAACGUAAGCAUGGCAUUAGGUACACCUGUGUGCCUAUAUGCUCCCUAGAGUAGUAUUGACAGGGUUCUGUUCCUGUUGUGCAUCUGUGUGGGUGCUCUUAGAGACCUGGACAGGCGAGGAUGGGGUUUCUUUUCCCUUGCUGAAUAUGUGUCUGAGCAAAACUGUCACAACUGAGAAAUGUAAAGAUGGAACCACACACAUUUGCUCCCAGCACACUUAACGGAAGUCCCUGAUCUGAGGAUUACAGUUCAUGUCCUGUGUUUAGACAUCCCUAGAGGCCUGAAGGGGUGACUUUGUUUACCUCUUUGCCCAGGUUGGUUGUCUGUGUUAAACAGUAUUGGAUAGGAUUGGGGAGCUAUUGACCAAUGCCAUUCCUUACAGUUACACUGACUGCAGUUAAUUGAGCACAGCUUUCUCCAGUCCCUAAGAACCUACUACACAAGUGGACAGCAUUGACAAGGAACUAUGAACUCAUUCAGUUCAAGGAGAAACCACAGUAUCCAGCUACAGUGACAAAUGGCUAUACUUGUGGGAAGUGCUUUUCAUUUCAGAGGUGUUUACAUAGCCCUUGAAUUUUAAUCCAGUCAAACCAAGAAGAAUAUAAGGAAACAGUUUUUCCGAUUUAAUAACAUCAGUGAGUAGAGAAAAAUCACAAAGUGCUUUAAGUAUUCAUUGAUGGCUUUGGACUAUUUCCCAAGUCUAAAAUGACCAAAGGGGCUAAAGAUUUGUAACUGUCUGGAAGGUUCCUUCUGAAACUGUGUCCUGUUGGGGUCAUGUCCUAGAAAGAUCCAAGAAUACCUUCUUAGGUGACUUACAUAUUCUUUUCCUUUCUUUCCAUCUGUUUUCUUGAACAGUUAGGUGAAAGUCCAAACUCGGAGGUUCUGUGUUCAAGGUAACAACAGUAUUUAUUGUUUAUUUGUAUUCACGUAGAAAGUCAUAGGUGAAGUGGCCUGAACAUACUCAGCAUGUUCAUUUGCUGUUGCAAUGCUGUAUGUUUGGUUUUGUGUGGUAGCAAAACAGAAUUCAUGUAAGCUUUUGUGAACUUGGACCUUUCCUUCCUUGAGACUUAUUAAACAGAACAAACAUUAUCUGGAA